ACGUCAUUUCCCGCUGUAUUCUAUCCUGGAAGGAGGGAAAUAAUUAUCAUUAUUUAUAGAAAACCUACCGAAUUUAAUAAGUUAUAUACCGAUAUACUUAUAUCUAUAUUUAUCUGUAAAUAUUUAUACGUAUAUUUAACGCCAAAUUGAGAAAUUUGAACACUUUUCUUCCAAUUGAAAAACCAAAAUCAUUAAUAAGGAAAUAUGAAUGAAAGAUAUCCUGAUGUAUACUGGCAGUGUGAACCAUGGCAAAAUUACUAUCCCACUCAGAAUUUCGGACCCGAAAAGAAGAGAAAGAGAGUGCCUACUCAAGCUCAGAGAAGAGCAGCUAAUAUCAGGGAAAGACGGAGAAUGUUUAAUCUCAACGAAGCUUUUGACACUUUGAGAAAACGUGUUCCUACUUUCGCCUACGAGAAACGUUUAUCAAGAAUUGAAACCCUUCGACUGGCUAUAACCUACAUAGCAUUCAUGACGGCUGUUAUCGAUGGCCAGGACGCUGAGAAUGUCGUUCUAUCAAGCGCCCAAAGGAAAAUACUUGAAAAAGCAUACGUAAAAUAA